AUGUCCGAAAAAGAUCAAGAAAAAGGUCCUGAAAUUGUCUCCGAUCAAGAAAGAGAAGUUGCUCAGAAUGCUCUAACGGAAUACAAAAAAAAAAAAUUUUCCGCUUGUUUGCAAUUGAUAAAUAAAUUAGAAGAUAGAAAUGCAGAUCUUAAAGUACUUCAAAACAAAGCGAUAGUCGAAUAUUGUAAAAGUGAUUUUAAAAAAACUGAACAAUUUCAGAAAAAUUUAACACACAUAUGCAAUCAGUUUCAAGUGAAAGCCAACAAAUUAGAUGACAUUGAUCAAUGUAUUAUUCAAUAUAAUCAAGCAGUAUUGCUUUAUCAUCAGAAGCAAUUUACUACUGCACAAAGAAUAAUGGAUAAAGUUUAUAAAUUUAUUGAACCAAUGGAAGAAUCCUUAGCAAAACAAGUUAGUCUUCUUGCUAUUGAAUUACAAUUAUGUCUCAGACAACCUGAUAAAGCUCUUACUUUGAUUAAUUAUUUAGAAAAUAAUUUAAUAUAUGGUGGAAGCAUUCCAUUAAAAGGUUUAGACAAGAAUGGAAAAGAAAGAAAAAUACAAUUACCCCCUCCGAAGCCUCUAUCAGAAGAUUUUGAACAAAAAUUGUUAAAAUAUAAGGUCAGAUGUUAUAUUAUGAAUCAUUCUAUAAAAAUAGUGUUGAAAGAAGUAGAGGUGCUCCUGAAAGACAAAUCCAACAUAGAUGCAAAAUUUCUAUCAGCCAAUGUUGAAUAUUUAAUUGGAAAUUUUGAAAAUGCUGUUAAAAUUUUAACUUCUAUUCCAAUUGACAGUUUGGUGUACAGUGAUUGUGGUGAAUCUUCAACUUUAAUGUUCUAUAAUAAUAUGGGUGUAAUUCAUUACGCUAUGGGUAAACCAAAUUUAGCUUGCCAUUACUUCCAAACUGCUCUGAAAGAAGAUAUUAGAAUAUUUCAAAAUUUACAAAAAAAGGAUGAUAAUGAAAAACCUUUACAUACUUUGGGAGGUUCCAAAUAUCACGAAUUGAUGUACAAUCUGGGUAUUGCUUUGUUACACGCCGGAAAACCUGUUCAAGCGUUCGAUAGCUUAAUUAUAGCAGUGAGAAGGUAUCACAGAAAUUCAAGACUAUGGAUGCGAAUAGCGGAAUGCUGCAUUAUGGUGCAUAAGGAGACUAACGAGGCUGAUUUUGAUGAACAACAAAAAAUAGUAGUCGAUUUUAUUGGAUCUAGGGAAAAGCAGAAAAUUGUACUUGUUACCAAUUUGUCAAAAGACAAGAAGUAUAGCACAGAAAGUCAGUCUUAUGCCGUUCCUGUUCCUUCUUUGGAAUUCGCAUCACUGUGUCUCCGGAACGCCUACCUACUUAUACCGUCCGAUACAACAACGCCUGCCCCUCUUUUCCUUAUUCCUGGAGUAACUCCUCCCGCACCACCUCCUAGCCCGGGAGCCUCUCCAUCCAAUACUCUUUCUUCUGAAGGUAUAGCUACAUUAAGGAAUGGAAUAUUGGUGGCCAGCGCUUACGUUUCACUAUGUCUUGGAGAUUAUAUUUUAGCUCUUGAAUACUCUAAAGAACUUUUAGAACAACCAAAAAUAUCCGAGACACAUCGGUUACUUGCUAAUUUAUAUGCUGCAGAAUCAUUGGUAUUAUUAGAUAAGAUCUCUGAAGCCUUGGAAUACAUCAAUCCAGAUAAUAUAAAAGAUUUGUCUCACCAUUUAGCACCGACAGAUGAAGAAAAGUCUGAGGAUGAAAAAUUGAAAACAAAACCACCUCUAAAAUGGUUUCCAAACAAUCUACAAAGUGCCUAUUCAGUAAUACAAUACAAUAUUGCUGUAGCAAAGACUAUAAGAGGCCAACUGGACCAAGCAGCUGUAUUACUAAGACAGAUAUGGCAGAAUAAAAGAACAUCCAGAGUUCCUACACAUAUUAUCAUGUUAUUUAUUUACAUUGAAUUGCAGUUAGGACACACAGAUAUGGCAAAAAAUUUAAUACGACAGUACCAACAUCGACUAACAGGAUAA